AUGCCUCUUUAUGAUUGUAUGCUUCUGUUGAAACCUCAUGUACGGAAGGAAGCCGUGAUGGACUUGGCAUCUCGAGUAGGAAAGCAUGUUUAUAGUAGAAACGGCGUUAUCACUAAUAUAAAAUCUUUUGGCACUGUUCAACUGGGAUAUGGUAUUAAGAAGCUCGAUGGAAGGCAUUAUCAGGGUCAACUGAUGCAAAUGACAAUGAUGGCCACACCUAACAUCAACAAGGAGCUGCAUUACCUGAACAAGGAGGAUCGCCUACUGCGUUGGCUUCUUGUUAAACACCGGGCCAUGAAAUUUGGGCUGGAAUUCCUGGCUGGAGAUGGGGACUAUGAUGACAUCAGUGAACUUCCUCGAGGCAGCAUUUUUAGAGGUCAUUACACAACCGACGACAGCAACGAUGAUGACGGUGACAGCGAUGAGUAUGAUGAGCAAGAAGAGAACAAAGAGCAUGUUAUGAAAAUAUAUGUUGAUAAAGAUGAUUGUGCUGCGUGUUUGACUUUGAGUGCUGACUGA